AUGGCAUGUGACAACCAUUAUGAGGCCAUCAGGCCUUUGUCGGUGCAAAUGUUUUUUGCGGUAGUGACAAACCAAAUGGAGGAGAGGGUUCUGAAGAACAAACUUGGCUCCAUCGAGCAGGAGCAGAAGAGGCUGAUGAAAAGAUAUCGUUCAGAAACGAGACUUCUCAAAAUUAGGCAGGAACAGCGAAUUGGAAAUCUUUCGCUCAAGAGACAGGAUACAAAAGGCGCUCACAUCAAAGGGAGUCCAAGUCCUAAAUCGUCUGAGGUUUGUAAAUAAAUAAUGCUCUUUUUCUAAGCUUAGUAGGGGGCAAAAGUUAUCUUCAGAAACACAAAAAAUAAUUCCACAGUAAAACGCAGUUUAAAGUGCCGCUAUUGUUGAAGCGUUGCAAUCAUUAGCCAUGAGCUAUAUAUCUGAAAAGUAGUUUGAAGUUCUUUUACUUUGAGGUUUUUGCAAUCUACUCUUUUCACGUGAAUUUGUUUGGUUACUGUCUAAUUAAAAGCCUAAAAUAUUGGAACAGAAAUGAGACCAAGACAAGUAGAUCGAGAAAAAGACCCAGCUAGCUGGCUGGAGUUAAAAAUCGUGUAGUCAGUUCGUCAAGUGGUUUAAUUACGAAGUAAGUUUUUUGUUUUUUUAAUGGCUAAGUUUGCCGUUUACCUUUGCUGAAAUGAUUAAACGACCGUAAAAUCUAUAAAAUGCUUGCUUGCGUGCUUUCAUUUAACUUAUAUCAGCCCAUGUUGAUGAGCCCAGCUGCAUAUAAUCACGAUAUAUAGCGGGUUUAGUCUAUUUAGUACUGAACUAAAGAAUCGUCUCAUCAGGUCUGUGUUUGGUAAUGACGUCAGGGUUUUGUUUCCUGUCGUGGUACAUACGUAGUAUUCGUAUCUACAGUAUCCGGUCAUCCUUGGGCAACUUGUCGAAACUUUUGGAAUUUACAGGGUUGUCAAAAUCAUUUUUCCGAAAAUUUUAGAUGCAAUUUGUUGCUUUACGACAGCAAAGUAAGAAAUUUUCUGAUUUCUCGAUUCCAUUACAUUUCCGAAUCCAAAACAUUCGAGAAUUCUUUCCUCACAAUUAAAGUGAAAAAUUCAGCUUCAGAAGUUCAUAAAGCGCAUUUAUUAGAAAAGCUUUGUAAAUCGUCCUCAAGCUUUAGAGAAUUCUAGGCAAUAUUUGCGCUUUUGGGCACAGAUAUUUUUUUUAAAAUAAUGCUCACAUAUAGUCCUUUGGUUUAAAAGCAUCGAGGCUUAUGGCCCAAAGGUUCUAAUUUAAGUUAUUCUAUCUGGCUUCAAAUCGACAAAACUUUAUUCUUUUGUUCGAACAAACGAUAGUUCUCUGCAAAAGUAAAUAAGCACUACAAAAAACCGCUUUUAUGCCCAACUUAAUGGUAUAAUUGAUUGGCGCGCAUAGAUUUACGCGUCAGACUAAUUAAAAUUACCCUCAUGGAUGCUGCAAUUUGGCUGCUAAAAUGAUCAACAUUUUGACUUUAUGAUUCUCUUUCUUUUCUAAUAUGAAUCAUAAAGGACUCACGGGCAAUAAACGUCAUCAAAAAAUUUGUAUCUUUACAAUAUUGCCAUGUUUACUUCGGCCGUGAUAUAAGAGUUAGAGAGUUAACGUCAUACCUCGAUAAAAGCUGUUCAAAAUAGAUACAACAGUGAAUGAAAAUGACCGACAUCGAUUUGUAAAUCUAAAGAUGUGACAAGUUUUAUUACUUUGCUAACUGAUAAAGCCCAGCCAUUGUAAACUACUAAUCAUCAUUGAAUGUGUGCUGAGUAUUAUAUGAAGAAUUAUGCAGAUCGAAGCGGGCGUUAGUUUACAACCUCCUCAAAUCUGUAUAAUUUUUCAUAUCAUAAAAAAGACGAAUUCAGUGAUUGUUUUAUUAUUCAUUCGAAGUAUUUCUAAGUUCUCGGAUAGAAGUUAACUCUUUCGCUAUUUUCUUCAGUUCACUCAUGCCAAAGCAGCAGGGCUACCUCGCUGCUGACUGGUAACGAGGUUGCGAUUGUAUAUUGGGGCAAUUAUUAGGGCAAUAUACCAUCGUAGUUCUACUCAGGAAAACAUUGAGAUUCUCGGGAAACAAAAUUAACUGUUCCCCUCGUGUGUGCUUUUUUUCUAUCUUAAAAGGUUGACAUGUGUUUCUCCUAUGAAAAACGGCAAAGUCCAAAGUGUUUUUGUGCCUCCAAGACAUUCCAAGAGAGUGAAAAUCCAGUAUUUUUAACCCAGGCAGAUUCACCACAGACAACCGAAAGGUAUGGAUAUACAUGAAUAGUAAGUAAGUAAUUAAGGGUUUGGCAAGCGCAGUUCAAUUUGCAAUUGCAAUUUUAAUAGUUUAUUUAGUUUGCUUUUAUAGAGCGCAGUUCAAUUUACGGGAUUUGCUGUUGAACUAGCUUGCUUGGCAGGCACCGGUUUGUUUAUGUGGUUUGCUUUUAUAGAGCGCGCGCAUCCACGAAAUUUCUUCGCCUUAAAAAGAAAGAGCCUGCUAAGCAUCCUGCUACUGAACUAUACUUUUACAAAUUGUAACUGGCUGCUGUGAGUAGAUAUCGGGCGGUAGUGCAUCAUUAUGAAUAUAUUGUUGCAUGGAGGUUUGUAUGGAACUGUCCUCACCCAGCCAAAAUAACGAGUGGUACCAGAAACUCAUAAGGGGUUGAAACGUGUGACUCGAGUUUAAUGCUCGUGACUAUUCAUUUUCCUAAGUACCGUAUUUGGAAACCCUCGCUGGUCCUCAGUUCCCUCAAAGACAACAACUUUGCACGGUUUUUUGUACAUAUCUUUGCAGUCGCUGCACAACUACGACGUAAAAUUUCCUAGUUUCACGCUUUGUGGAGGCUGAAAACACAAGGCAACGACCUUCUUUUCCUUUUCCUCGACUUCGAUACAGUCUUAAGAAUUUAACUCCAGGAAAAAUUUUCUAACAUUUUAACGAGAUGGAAUAAGCGCGAUAAAGUUUGAAGCAGCGCUAAUUCACAAAUUGUGUAGUGUUAGUUUUAGGUGUUUUAUCGAUUGAAACGGUAUAGGGAUGGUAGUCUGGGUGAGUUGCGAGAACCGGAAUUCGAAUUAUCGGGGUAAAUUUCAGUGAAAUUUUGAUCAAAAGAAACGAAAUUUAGUUCGAGUUAGUGGGAGUUCGAGUUAUCCCAGUUCGAGUUCCGAGGUCCUUCUGUAUUAAAUAAACCUAUUGCUUCUGAUUAUAAGGCAGCAAUACAAUUUAUCUUAAGUUGCAUUCUUCAGUAAUGCUUUUACUUUGCUUAACAUGUCUUGAUUUCAUCAAUCACUGAAAUCUGACGUUGAUUUCCUUAACUUUCCAAAGUUGACCUUCUGUUUCCGAAAAUGAUAUAAAUUAAUUAUUCUAAAAAGCACCGAAGCAUCCCGAAAGACUCCGAACUUGACUUUCGGUUCGUUCACUCAAGCGCGCGAACAUUUCACAUUUUACGUACACUCAUCUUAUUCGCCAGAAAACCGUUCGUUAUACAAAAUAGGAAACAGUAUCAAAACAUGCCGCGGUAAGAAAAGGGUCCCUGUGCACCUGUGGACCUUCUCGUACUUCACCGUAAACGGUUACUUGUGAUUUUUUGAAUGUUCUCAAAUUGCAUUUUUCGAACUGUCUGUACAGUUUCAAAAUAUCUUGGUUUACGUCGUUCUCCAAAUUGUUUUUUUUCUUAUAACAUGUUCAUUCUUUUGCCAAAUGGUUUCCUUUCAGGCUUCCGAGACUGCCCUGUCAAUCACCAACCAGCCAAAAGGAAGAUUCCCUGUCACCACACAGAAUAUCCAGUGAAGUUUCGACUUGUUUUGUUACGGAGGAACAAGCAAGGCAAAACGGGGGCCCUCCAAGAAGGCGGGAAACAUGGAAUGGUAAAACAGUAACAAAACUAUGUGCUUCUUUGUCUCUUCCUCCAAGGAUACGCAGCUUUUCCGAACAAGACGCGAGGUCUUCCGAACAAGAAGCGAGGUUUUCCGGACAAGGCGCGAGGUUAAGUGAUGAUAUGCAAACUCAUCUUGUCCACCAAAAAGGCGCCUGUACUUCUGAAAAUGAUUCAACAACAACGGGAAUGCAGCAAAAUGGAAUUUGUAAGAUGGCCUUCCCAACAGCUGAAGAUGUGCAACGUGGAAAUUUUCUAUCUGUGCCAAAACUUCCCGUCCGUAGAGCAUGCUCUUUGAAUUCUUUAAAAUCAGUGGAGAGCCUCCCACCAGUUUUCAGGAACCAGGAUGGCCUGAUGGUGACUAAAAGCAGCGAGACAGACUGGACUGAAGAAGAGGUUGCACCUUGUCCUUUGCCUAUUUGCAGCAAAAAAACAAACAAACUUUGUCAGAGUCCUGACGGCGCUGCAACUAAUAAGGACUUCCUACAGCGCCGACAUCGUCCCCUGAGAAGGCAAGAAAAUCUUCUUGAAGAUACUGCAAGUGUUGAUACUAUUAGCAUCCUUUGUAAAAGUCCCAUCAAGUCGCCGAGGGCAUGUAGUAGAAGUGGAACAGAUGCGGCAAGAAAAAUGUCUCUUAGACGCCAGUCAUCUCGUAUCCAGAAUGGCUACGAGGAAGAAGGCCAAGAGACAGCACUCGUGAAAGACGCCUCCCUAAAAAAAGGACAAAUCACUGCGAGAUCAAGUUCUCUGUCUUCUUUUUGUGCUCAAGAGGACAAACCAAGAAUGAAAGUAACAAAGAAAGGGAAGCAAGAAAGCCUUGAAGCUCGGAAAGAGGACCUCCCCGAGCCAUUGGACAAGUCAAAGUGGCUGACAGCCCUGAAAAAGGUUUUUAACGUAAACAUGUUUUUAGGUGGAAUGGUGGCUCUUCAGAAGCAAAAGGAAAGGGAUCGUUUGGCUGUGGAACAAAAACAGGCUGAGCUGGAGAAGCUUUACGAAGAAUUGAAGCAUUGCAGAUACCUACGAUUGCCUAGUGGUGAAGAUGACGUUAAACAGAAAGAUACGGUAGCUUGGGUGUUUAGCAAAGAAUAA